AUGUGGAGUCAAGUUGUGGCACGUCAAGAUGGUCAACAAAGAGUUUUUCAUAAGGAAUUGGCUGAUACAUCAAAGAUAUGUCAGUUCUUGAGGAUGAAUCCUCUAGAAUUCACAGGGUCAAAUGUCACUAAGGAUUUGGAGAACUUUGUGAAAGAAUUGCAGAAUGUGUUUGAGCUCAAAGGUGUUGCUAGGAUUUGGUACGAUCAAUGGAAGAAGAGCAGGGAUGAAAGGGCACCACUAGUGAGUUGGGCUCUCUUGGAAAGUGCCUUCUUAGGGCGCUUCUUUCCUCGCGAGCUAAAGGAAGCAAAGAUAGGUAACUUCAUGAGUGAGUGUCCUAGGAGCAGGAAGCUUAAUGGUAAUGGAGGCAAUGGAGCCCAAUUUUCAUCAACGGCUCGAGUGAAUAGAGCUACUCCAUGA